AAGCUUCUUCUAGAGGAUCGACAUAUGUUGACAGGGGCCCAUAUUAGAAGAAAACAUGAAACUAUUGAGAAGGCCACAGGGAAUGUAAAAAAACGUCAAAAGGAGAAAUUCAACCUUAGGCGAAAGGUUUCCAACUUUAGUUAUAGUUUCAUACUUAAAGGCAGGCUCUUUGGUAGAAAAGUUCAUUCUUGGGAGGAACCACAUGGACAAACAUACAAUCUCAUGAAAGAUUUUCCAAGCCCACCAACUGGCACACCGAAUUUUUAUGAAAGACAUGAAAAUCCCACUGAAGUACCACCAAGUCCUGCAUCUGUAUGCAGCAGUGUCAAUGAAGAAUAUUGGAGGCAAACAGACUACUUCACCCCAUCAUCAACCUCUGAUGUACAUCCACUGGAUGAUAGCGAGAUGCCUCGUGUUUUCAGAGAGAUCAGCACUAAUUUGAACGAGCUAAGGAGGCAACUGAAUCAACUAGAUACUUAUGACUCUGAGGAGACCGUGAUCGAUGAACAGCCAAUUGAAGAGGAGAUGUUGGAGAUUGAAGACCAAGCCGAGGCAUACAUUAGAGACCUGCUUGUUGCUUCUGGUUUAUAUGAUGGUUCGCGUGAUAAAUAUAUAUCAAGAUGGGAUCCACUUGGAAAGCCUAUCAGCAACCAAGUUUUUGAAGAAGUAGAAAAGUCAUACAUACAAAAAGCAAAGGAUGAAGAAGGAUAUACAGAAGAUCAAUUACAGAAGAUAUAUCACAAGUUAUUGUGUGACUUACUGAAUGAAGCACUUCCAAGUGUACUUGGAGGGGCUUCCACAAUGUCUCGGUUCAUGAAAAGUGCUGUCGGUCCUAUGCCACGACCACCUCAGGGAAAGAAGUUAUUGGAACGCGUGUGGGAAAUAGUUGGUGUUUAUGUUUACCCUCCAUGGGAUAGAACAUCUCAAUCCCUGGACAAUAUAGUGGACAGGGACUUGAAGUCCACCCCUUGGUCCGGAUUGGUCGAUGAAGAUGUCAAUGCUCUAGGUAAAGAUAUGGAAUGCCAGAUUAUUGGUGACCUUAUUCAAGAAAUGGUCCAGGAUAUGUUGUCAUAAUCUUUUUUUCUCUUCCUCUUUUUCAUUUUAUUCUUUAGUUUGACCACUUCUAUGAAGUUUUGGGACUUCUGAGUGGCCCUGCAUUAGACAUGUAAAAUGUUUAUUUGCCCAGGGGUGUUUGAUUUACAGAAAUUGUAUGUGCAGGCUUUCUAGUGUUGGAUACAUUUGUUCAUAAUAUAUGGCUUGAUCUGGCGGUACUCAAUGUACAUUAUUAGACUUAGGUUAGAUGGUUUAUUCAUUCGAUAAAUCAGUUUUUUUUGUUAUAAUGUCAUUAUACAGCAUUCAGAAUG